AUGGCUUUAUUUUAUCAAAUGGUACAUUUCAUUUUAUUUGCCUCAGUUUCCAGUGAAUGUGUAACUAAGCUGUUCACAGAUACUGGCUUUCAAGGAGGAGACAUCACUACCGUUUUCACGCCAAGCGUCAGGCACUGCCAACUCGUCUGUACCCACCACCCAAGGUGUCUGCUCUUCACCUUCAUGGCUGAAUCGUCCUCUGAAGAUCCUACCAGAUGGUUCACUUGUGUCCUGAAAGACAGUGUGACAGAAGCACUGCCACGGGUCAAUAUGACAGGAGCAAUUUCUGGAUAUUCUUUCAAGCAAUGCCCACAUCAAAUAAGUGCUUGCCACAGGAAUAUGUAUAUGGACCUGGACAUGAAGGGCAUGAACUAUAAUAGCUCAAUUACCAGGAAUGCUCAGGAAUGCCAAGAGAGAUGCACAAAUGACAUGCACUGUCACUUUUUUACAUAUGCAACAAGGCAGUUUCCAAGCUCAGAGCAUCGUAACAUUUGUCUAUUGAAGUACACCCGCAUGGGGACACCAACCAGAAUAACGAAGCUCACUAAAGUAGUGUCUGGAUUUUCACUGAAAUCUUGUGCGCUUUCUAAGCUGGCUUGUAUUAGGGACAUUUUCCCUGGUACAGCGUUUGCAGACAAUAACAUUGACAGUGUCAUGGCUCCAGAUGCCUUUGUCUGUCGCCGCAUUUGUACUCACCAUCCUGGUUGUUUGUUUUUCACCUUUUUUUCUCAAGAGUGGCCAGAAGAAUCUGAAAGAAAUCUUUGUCUCCUAAAAACAUCUGAAAGUGGAUUACCAAGUGCACGCAUUAAAAAGAACAAAGCUCUUUCUGGUUUCAGUCUACAAACCUGCAGGCACAGUGUCCCAGUGUUCUGUCAUUCCUCAUUUUACCACAACACUGAUUUUUUGGGAGAAGAACUGGACAUUGUUGACGUGAAAGGGCAUGGAGCCUGCCAGAAAAUGUGUACCAACUCCAUCCGUUGCCAAUUUUUUACCUAUUCGCCAUCUCCAGAAUCUUGCAACGGAGGGAAGGGUAAAUGUUACUUAAAACUCUCUUCAAAUGGAUCUCCAACGAAAAUACUUCAUGGGAGAGGAGGCAUCUCUGGAUAUACAUUAAGGUUAUGUAAAAUGGAUAAUGCAUGUACGACCAAAAUCAAGCCCAGAAUUGUUGGAGGAGAGGCAUCUGUUCAUGGUGAGUGGCCAUGGCAGAUAACUUUGCAUAUCACAUCACCCAUCCCGAGACACCUGUGUGGAGGCUCCAUCAUUGGAAACCAGUGGAUACUAACAGCUGCUCACUGUUUGAUUGGGGUAGAGUCACCUAAAAUCUUGCAUGUCUAUAGUGGCAUUUUAAAUCAAUCAGAAAUUAAAAAGGACACAUCUUUCUUUGGGGUCCAAGAAAUAAUAAUUCAUGAUCAAUAUAAAACAGCAGAAAGUGGGUAUGAUAUUGCCCUAUUGAAACUGGAAACAGCAAUGAAUUACACAGAUACUCAGAGACCCAUAUGUCUACCUUCCAAAGGAGAUCGAGGUGUAAUAUAUACUGAGUGCUGGGUGACUGGAUGGGGGUACAGAAAAUUAGGAGACAAAAUACAAAAUACUCUCCAGAAAGCUAAUGUACCCUUGGUGACAACUGAGGAGUGCCAGACGCGCUACCGAGGGCACAGGAUAACCAACAGGAUGCUCUGUGCGGGCUACAGAGAGGGAGGGAAGGAUGCUUGUAAGGGAGACUCGGGGGGCCCCCUGUCCUGUAAGCACAACGAAGUCUGGCAUUUGGUGGGCAUCACCAGCUGGGGAGAAGGCUGUGGUCAAAAGGAACGGCCAGGGGUUUACACCAAUGUGGUUGAGUAUGUGGACUGGAUUUUGGAGAAAACUCAAGCCAUGUGAAAGAGUCCCCAGAUGCCAUCUGACCCCCUGAAAGGCAAACCAGAUUCUUCCCAGGAGAAGGGUUUGGCUUUGACUGAAGAAGACAGACACUGAGCCACCAUUUUCCUCCCCAGGUUCUGGUAUCAGACAGCAAGGCAUUGAGGGGGAUUGGUAUUUGUGAGAAACAUGCCAAAAGAAAUAGUCAUUUUCACAAUUCCCCUUGUCUGAUAAUUAUAGUUUAUUUUCAGUG